UGGAAGUGAAAUGAACUGACAAAGGGAAAGUGAUGGGCAGAGGAGAAAGUGCUCCAAAGGCAGAGGAGAAGACACUCUUGGCUGCGAUGCCAAGUCCGUGGCUGCUCCUGAUGCUGGUGGGCCCUGCUGCAGGCCUUGUGCUGUCUACACCCUCAUUCCCAGUUUCCGUCUCUCAUGGUAAGACCGCCUUGCUUCCAGUCUCGUUGAAUUUCUCUUCUUCGGUGCCCGCCUACUUCCAGAUCCGAUGGCGUUUCAUCCCCGGCCAGUGGCUGGUGUUGAUUGUGAAAGCCGAUAACUGCCAGGCAGACAAUGGUACCCAUCAGUGGUGGGACGCUUGCGAGAUCACAGUGGCGGAAGCAGAGAGAUACAGGCACCGAGCAGAGUGGUCUUCCGAAGACACUUCGCUGAUACUGCGGGAUGCCAGAGUAGAAGAUUCGGGAAUUUAUAACAUCAAGGUGCUGGCUUUGGGGGUCCGAGUGUCAGCCAACAUCAACCUAACUGUGAUCAAUGAAACCAGCAAUCCCCUCUUGAAUGGUGCUGCCUUUGAUGAUCAGAGAAGAGGGAUCUCUUCUAGCAAAAGCACAAAUGUAGCAGCAGCUCCAGUCCCUUUGGUAAAGGCAGAAUUUGGCAGAGACUAUACGAUGACCAAUAUCAUCCGACUGAGCUUAGCUGGCCUGAUUCUCUGUCUCCUCGGAUUCAUCAUAGCAGAGAAUGUUGCCUCCAGACCGCGAGAGACAAGGGUGCAUCAGAUGGAAAUUCCCUUCUCCUCCUCCCCAGUUGAGCAAUGUUUCCUGACUUGUGAAAAUCACCCAAGUUAGGUGGAUGUGGACAAAAAACACCUUGUAAAAUUUGUUGCUGGUCUUCUGUGGUCCUUCUUUGCAACAGGCCACUAAAGUAUUUGUUGUAGGGUGGAUAGACUCUCCUUUCUAGGAUGAAAGUUCCUAGGACUCAACACUAUGAAGUCUACCAUUGCACCACUUCGCCUUUGCUCUGUAGCUUCUGGAAAGGGGUUGUAAGCCCACUGCUGGCUAGAAUGCACAGAUGAAUCACAGAUGAAUCACAGAUGAACAGCAUUGGCAUGUGACAUGAGGCUUAUGUGCUUAGAAGAUUGCACCCUCAAAAAUGGAUACAGGAACCACCUGUAGGUCUGAACAAAGCCACUUCCUCAAGUGCUUUUUAUUUUUUUGCUGUCCAAAUAGUUGGACUUCUACUCUUGUAAAUCUCAACUAGCAAGUCAAAGUCCCCAAGAUGCUUUUUCAGCUGGCAACUAACUAAACAAUUUGGGAUGAACAACCUUGGAAUCAGUAAUGGUAUCCUAUUUUCUUCACUACUGGUUUGAUAGCGGGAACGUGCAUGUCUGGGUAUGCGCAGAACCUUCUGCGUGUGUUUGUGCAUGCGCAGAAGGUCCUUGAUGAUGUCUGGGUGGGUGGGUGGAGCCUUGUGCCGCUGCCACUACC